CCUCUCAAAACAUGAUGCUGAUCCAGGAGUCUGUGGGAGCAUGGCUGGCGUUAGUCCUGGUCACAGCCCUGACUGUAAGCCCAGGCAUGGCAGUCCCGUGGCAGGACUGCACAGGUGCAGAGUGUCCGCUACUGGAGAACUGCAUAGAAGAGGCGCUGGAGCCAGGAGCCUGCUGCGCCACCUGUGUGCAGCAGGGCUGUGCCUGUGAAGGCUACCAGUACUACGACUGUGUCCAGGGAGGUUUUGUGGAUGGCCGUGUACCAGCCGGUCAGUCCUACUUUGUGGACUUCGGUAGCACCGAGUGCUCCUGCCCACCAGGUGGUGGCAAGAUUAGCUGUCAGUUUAUGCUGUGCCCUGAGCUGCCACCCAACUGCAUUGAGGCUGUGGUGGUAGCUGACAGCUGUCCUCAGUGUGGCCAGGUGGGCUGUGUCCACUCUGGCCAAGUAUGCAGCUGGCCACACCUUCCACCUCUCACCAUGCCGGGCCUGCACUGUCCUGAUGCUGGCGGUGAGCUCAUUUGCUACCAGCUCCCUGGUUGCCAUGGGAACUUCUCAGAUGCAGAGGAGAGUGACUCUGAGCGACAGUAUGAAGACCCCUACAGCUAUGACCAGGAGGUGGCUGAGGCAGAAACCACCAUGGCCACAGUGAAUGAGGUCCAGGCAGGUGCAGAGGGCCCCCCAGCUGCACUAGAAGGUGGGAAUCUGCCACCAUCCUCUAUUCGAGCAACUCCCUGGCCAGCUGCCCUUCCCAGACCCACAGCAGCUGCUGCCCUUGGUCCCCCAGCACCCAUGCAGGCCAAAGCCAGGAGAGUGACACAGGACAUUGAUGAGGAGGAGGACGAUGAAGUGGAGGAGAUGGUCACUGAGCCACCAGCAGCAGGUGACCCUGGGAGGCUGGACAGCUUACCUACAACAUCCCCAGCUCUAUCUGACCUCUCUGUCCAGGAGAAGGAGGCUGAAGCCAAGGCAGGACCAGAGGAGAACCUUAUUCCUGAUGUCCAGGCCACUCCUCCCAGUGAUGAGCAGGAGGGUGCUGCAUUCCUGCCUAGGUCAGGCCCCGCCGGUCUCAUUCCAUCCCUGGCCACAGACAGCUCUCCUGAGGACCCAGUGAAGUCCAGCAGUCACUCCACCCAAUCCCCACUGCCACCUGACAGAGCCCAGGUCUCACCCUCCCCAGAGGUGCCUAAAGAAAUACCCCAGCAUCCGCAGUGGCGACCUCGGUCCCGGGCAGAAGAGGACACAGACCCCAACUCAGUACAUUCUGUCUCUAGAGGUGGUCCUGAUGUCUCCAGCAAAGACCUGAUUGAGACAUGCUGUGCAGCUGGCCAGCAGUGGGCCAUCGACCAUGAUGAGUGCCAGGAAAUCCCCGAGAAUGGCGCCGAGAGCGACGUCUGCAGGAUAGCCCAGAGGCACUGCUGUGUCUCCUACUUGAAAGAGAAGAGCUGCAUGGCUGGCGUCUUGGGAGCCAAGGAGGGUGAGGCCUGUGGAGCAGAGGACAACGAUACCUGUGGUGUCUCCCUGUACAAGCAGCAAUGCUGUGACUGCUGUGGCCUGGGUCUCCGCGUGCGGGCUGAGGGCCAGUUGUGUGAGUCCAACCCCAACCUGGGCUAUCCCUGCAACCAUGUCAUGCUGUCCUGCUGUGAAGGCGAAGACCCGCUCAUAGUGCCUGAGGUCCGCCGGCCACCAGAGCCUGAGGCCACCCCACGGAAAGUUUCAGAGGCAGAGAUGGCAAGUCGGGAGGCCCUGUCACUGGGCACAGAGGCUGAACUACCCAAUAGCCUGCCAGGAGAUGACCAGGAUGAGUGUCUGCUGCUCCCCGGGGAGCUUUGCCAGCAUCUUUGCAUCAACACUGUGGGCUCCUACCGCUGUGCCUGCUUCCCUGGAUUCGAGCUGCAGGGCGACGGCCGCACCUGCCGCCCAGACGGAGGUGCCCCACAGUUGGACACUGCACGGGAGUCUGCACCAAGGCCUGAGUCUGCCCAGAUGUCCCCCAACACCAUCCCACUACCGGUGCCACAGCCCAACACCUGCAAAGACAACGGGCCCUGCCGGCAGGUGUGCCGUGUUGUUGGAGGCACAGCUAUGUGCUCCUGCUUUCCUGGCUAUGCCAUCAUGGCAGAUGGCGUGUCCUGUGAAGAUCAAGACGAGUGCUUGAUGGGCACUCACGAUUGUAGCUGGCAACAGUUCUGUGUGAACACCCUGGGAUCCUUCUACUGUGUCAACCACACAGUGCUCUGUGCAGAGGGCUAUAUCCUCAACGCACAUAGGAAGUGUGUGGACAUCAACGAGUGUGUGACCGACCUACACACAUGCACCCGGGACGAGCACUGUGUGAACACGCCAGGCUCCUUCCAGUGCUACAAGGCGCUUACCUGCGAGUCAGGCUAUGCACUCACAGAUGGAGAGUGCACAGAUGUGGACGAGUGUGUGACAGGCACACACAACUGCCAGUCAGGCUUCUCAUGCCACAACACCAAAGGCUCCUUCUACUGCCAGGCCCGGCAGCGCUGCAUGGACGGCUUCUUGCAGGACCCUGAGGGCAACUGUGUGGACAUCAACGAAUGCACAUCGUUACUGGAGCCUUGCCGCUCAGGAUUCAGCUGCGUCAACACAGUGGGCUCCUAUACCUGCCAGAGGAACCCACUGGUCUGCAGGCGUGGUUACCAUGCCAAUGAAGAUGGCUCUGAGUGUGUGGAUGUGAAUGAGUGUGAAACAGGUGUGCACCGCUGUGGUGAGGGCCAGCUGUGCCACAACCUCCCUGGAUCCUACCGCUGUGACUGCAAGCCUGGCUUCCAGAGGGAUGCUUUUGGCAGGGCCUGCAUUGAUGUGAAUGAAUGCUGGAUCUCACCGGGCCGCCUGUGCCAGCACACGUGUGAGAACACACCCGGCUCCUACCGCUGCUCCUGUGCUACUGGCUUCAUUUUGGCCGCAGACGGCAAGCAUUGCGAAGAUGUGAAUGAGUGCCAGGCCCAGCGUUGCAGCCAGGAGUGCGCCAACAUCUAUGGCUCCUACCAGUGCUACUGUCGCCAGGGCUACCAGCUGGCAGAGGAUGGGCAUAGCUGCACAGACAUCGAUGAGUGUGCACAGGGCGCUGGCAUUCUCUGCACCUUCCGCUGUGUCAACGUGCCCGGAAGCUACCAGUGUGCGUGCCCAGAGCAGGGCUACACUACGAUGGCCAAUGGGAGGUCCUGCAAGGACCUGGAUGAGUGUGCACUGGGCACCCACAACUGCUCUGAGGCUGAGACCUGCCACAACAUCCAGGGCAGUUUCCGCUGCCUGCGCUUCGAGUGUCCACCAAACUAUGUCCGUGUCUCAGAAACGAAGUGUGAGCGCACCACAUGCCAGGAUAUCACAGAGUGCCAGACCUCGCCGGCUCGCAUCACAUAUUACCAGCUCAAUUUCCAGACUGGCCUACUGGUACCUGCACACAUCUUCCGCAUCGGCCCUGCUCCUGCCUUUGCUGGGGACACCAUCUCCUUGACCAUCACCAAGGGGAAUGAGGAGGGCUACUUCAUCACAAGCAGACUCAAUGCCUACACUGGUGUGGUGUCCCUGCAGAGGUCAGUCCUGGAGCCACGGGACUUUGCCCUGGAUGUAGAGAUGAAGCUGUGGCGGCAGGGCUCUGUCACUACCUUCCUGGCCAAGAUGUACAUUUUUUUUACCACCUUUGCCCCUUGACGUGCCAUGUGAGGCAGUCCUUCCAGGUGGCAUCUGGCAGCUGUGCCACUCCUGAGUGGCUUCUGCUGUGACUCCGUAACUUAACAUAAUCAUGCUGAUAUGAUAUGGUUGGUCUUAUGUCUUUGCCCUGGAAGAAGGGAGAUGUGCCCCAACAGGCGAUGGGUACAGGUCAAGGUCACCCACCCAAGGCUGGGUGAUGGCCUGAAGACAGCAAACAGCCACAAGGGGCUUCAGAACUCUCCUCCAUGACUAUGACUAAAAGUGACACUCCAUUCCUAGUUCCACUGUAGUCUUCAAUUUAAAAACAAAACAAACAACAAACAAACAAAAAAACCUCCAGCUGUGCCUUGUGGCGCGCACCUUUAAUCACAGCAAUGGGGAGGCAGAGGCAGGCAGAUCUCUGCGAGUCCCAGGACAGCCUGGUCUACACUGGGAGUUCUACCAGCUGGGCUGCAUAGAGAAACCCUGUCUCAAAAAAAGGAAAAAAUCAUUUAAAAAGGUUUUGUUGUUGUUAUUGUUUAAUUAUAAGAGUAGUACAUAUACACUAUUAAAAUGAUCAAAUAGCACAAAAAGUUAUA